GAUGGCGCCCCCCACACCGAAUCUAGCAGACUCUGUUGAUUGAACCCUUAGUCCGAGGAUCGCAGGGGACAUCGGUGCUCCUGGGACCUCCGAACUGUGAGGAAAAUGCAGCUUUCCAGAGGGACAACCGCAAAAGCAAAUUCAUGGUUUUCAGCAAAGAUGGUUCUUUGUUUGGCUGGUGCAAUGGAGACAAGGUCACUGUUAUGAAGGUUGUGGAUGGCACAAUUGUUCAGUCCCUGGAUCUCCCAAAGACAGCCAUGUUGGAAUUCUCACCUCUGGGCACUGUGUUGGCUACGUGGCAGCCCUACAGCAAAACACAGGACAAUCCCCAGGGGGAAACCAACCUGCAUCUGUGGGACCUGCAAACUGGGACCUGCCUUAAGUCUUUCUACCAGAAGAAGGUGCAGGGCUGGUGUCCCAGCUGGGCAGAUGACGAGAGUAUUUCAGUUAGAAAUGUUAACAAUGAACUUCAUUUCUUUGAGAACAACAACUUCAACACUAUUGCCAACAAGCUUCACCUACAGAAGGUGUCAGAGUUUGUUUUGUCUCCAGGACCUCAGCCCAGCAAGGUUGCUGUCUAUGUCCCAGGAAGCAAGGGUGCCCCAUCCUUUGUUCGACUUUACCAGUACCCCAAUUUUGGGGGCCCGACCUGCGCCCUGGCCAACAAAAGCUUCUUUAAGUCAGACAGAGUGACAAUGCUGUGGAACAAUAAAGCCACAGCAGUACUGGUUACAGCCAGCACAGAGGUGGACAAAACAGGCGCCUCCUACUAUGGGGAGCAGACACUGCAUUACCUGGCCAUCAACGGGGAGAGUGCAGUGGUUCAGCUACCAAAGAAUGGGCCAAUCUAUGAUGUGGUAUGGAGCCCCAGCUCCUCAGAGUUCUGCGUGGUGUAUGGCUUCAUGCCGGCCAAGGCCACUGUCUUCAACCUCAAGUGUGAUCCUGUCUUCGACUUUGGCACGGGCCCUCGGAACGCUGCCUUCUACAGCCCGCAGGGCCACAUCCUGGUCCUGGCUGGGUUUGGGAACCUGCGGGGCCAGAUGGAGGUUUGGGAUAUGAAGAAGUACAAGCAGGUGUCCAAGCCCCAAGCACCUGAUGCCACCUACUUCUCUUGGUGCCCAGACGGUGAGCACAUUGUCACGGCAACCUGUUCCCCACGACUUCGUGUUAGCAACGGGUACAAGAUCUGGCACUACACGGGCACAGUGCUGUACAAGGAGGACUCGCCCGAGGGCACAGAGCUGUGGGAGGUUCUGUGGCAGCCUUUCCCUGAAGGAACCUUCCCUGAGAGGCCCAUCAAGUACCAGGCAGCGGUGAGUGAGCUCGGGACUACUGAGGCCAAGCCAGCUCAAGCUUAUCGCCCACCUGCACUCCGGAAUAAACCUGCCACAGCCAGCUCCAAACUGCAUGAAGAAGAGCCGCCACAAAACCUCAAACCCAGUUCAGCGGGAGACAAGCCACUGUCCAAGACAGCCCUGAAGAACCAGAAAAAGCGGGAGGCCAAGAAAGCUGCUAAACAGGAAGCAAAAACAGAUGAACCUCAGCUGCCAUCUGACCCUGCCCCCACAUGCCCUGCUCCUGCUGCUGGCCCCACCCCUACCUGUGGGGACCCUGAGACUGACAAGAAGAUCAAGAACCUCAAGAAGAAACUGAAGGCCAUUGAACAGCUGAAAGAACAGCAGGCAGCUGGGAAAACUCUGGAGAAAAACCAGAUUGAGAAGAUGCAGAAGGAGGCCCAGUUGUUACAGGAGCUGGAAGAUCUAGAGUUGGGAGUUUAAAAUUGAAAUACUUGUGUCUUCAUCAGCCAAGCCCAAACACUGAUAAAUGCCACUAUCACGCUGGACCCAUUUGUAUAAAGUUAGGGAAAUUAUACUCCAGACACAUUUCAGUUAAAGACUUGUUUUGCCAUUAAUCUGAAUGUUCGAGCCAUGAGAAAGUAUCAAACUGAAGCACACAAGGCCAUGCUGCUAUGCAAUAUGGUAAAGUGGACAGCAAUGCCACUUACACUGGUUGACUGUACAUAAUGAAAGCUUUAUGUUGUAUAACAGCCUUGAGGUUUAAUAAAGCAAUACAGUGAUCAAGGUU